GAAAAAAGCCACAAACAAAAAAAAAAUUACUUCUUACUGUUUUAUUCAAACAAGUACUUUACAAUUUUUCAAAUAGGAAAAUAAAAUGUCGCCUGAUGAUGCUGUUACAAUAAAAAAUAAUAAACAAGAAAUCAGAGCAAAACUUCGCGAAGACUUUUUAUUAUCAGUCAAUGAACUUCUUGGUGAGCCUGUUAAAAUCCUGACAUAUGAGCAAUCAAUGCUUCAGGCUACAUUGUCAAAAUGGAAGUCGGAUGGCUCUGAGGUGCUUGUUAAGGAUUUAGAAACUCCAGCUAGUAUUAAAAUGCCUUCAGCAAUUUUGCGGCUGACGGAUAUAUUGGCCAUACAAUUUGAAAAUCAAGUAGAUUUACCUUGAUCAGGGUUAUAAAGUUAGUAUGUAUAA